GUUUCGCUGACGUGAUUCGUCGAAUUUUGUUGCUAGUGUUCCGUCGUGUUUGUCAUGCUUAUUUCCGACAAUUUUUACAUAGAAAAUAUGGAGGAUCUCAUUGAUGAAUUCAGCUUUUUUGCUACUGAACUGCAGUUGUCUUGCUCUGUCCUGGAAUUGGCUAGAUGCAUUCUUCAAGAUAUCGCUAACAUAUUGACACAGUAUGAAAAUAAGAUCCCCAGGAAGGCUUGGUAUGCUUGUAUAAUAUAUAUUGCUGUGCAAGACAUCUGUUCACCUGAGUCCAGGUUUGAUGGGAAAGGCAUAUGUCCAGAAGUGACAGUUUCUGAUCUGCUGGAAAAGGCCAAUAUAAAUAUUAUGGAUUUCUUUUCUGUUACAUGUGUCCUAAAGUCUAAUCAUAAUCUGAGUGACAAUAGUAGGCAGAACCUUAUUGCUUUAGAAAGAAAAUAUCUAAUUGUUUCUGCACUUUAUGAUAAGUUCGAAAGCAUGGUUGCAGAAAUUUUUAGCAUUGAUCCUGCUCUUCCUAACCAUAGAAAUCAAAAUAUCACAUGUGAUCAAGGUAAUGAUUCUAACCAACUUAUGCAACAUCAAAGAACUCUUUGUUGGAUGCUCUUCAUAGUUGCUAAAGCGAAAGUAUUAUGGCAUAGGCAAGAAUUGCUUGCUACUUUCCAUUUACUGCUUUGCUGCAUAGGAGAAGUUGUCAAAAUUACUCCAACAUUCCUAUUACUUCCUCCUUUUGGUAAGUU